UAUAUAAAUAUAAAGAUGCCCAAUCACAGGUGGCUCCAGCUUUUCCAUUUUCCUUGGGAAUUUUGAAAAAAAUAGAAAGUUCGGCCAAUUUUCCUUCGGAUUUUUCUGUGUCAGACAAAAAAUUCCACGAGCCUCUCACUCAAUCUCUCUCUUUCUACUUGAAGAAAAUUUUCUCUCUCUAUCUCUCUCUUUUUAAUAGAUCCGCCGAUUCCUUAGCGUUUCGUACGAUGCCGUCUCGCCGUAGAACCCUCUUGAAGGUCAUCAUCCUCGGCGAUAGCGGGGUUUUCCGUACGGAUCUUUCGAUUCGAAUUACUGGUCUCGAUUGUCGUUAAUCUCUAGGUAGGGAAGACGUCUUUGAUGAAUCAAUAUGUAAAUAAGAAGUUUAGUAAUCAGUAUAAGGCGACAAUUGGGGCGGAUUUUUUGACAAAGGAAGUGCAGUUUGAGGAUAGGCUUUUCACCUUACAGAUCUGGGAUACUGCUGGUCAGGAAAGAUUCCAGAGCCUAGGUGUUGCUUUCUACCGUGGUGCUGAUUGCUGUGUUCUUGUAUAUGAUGUCAACUCAAUGAAAUCAUUUGACAACCUUAACAACUGGAGAGAAGAAUUUCUUAUUCAGGCAAGCCCUUCAGAUCCAGAGAACUUCCCAUUUGUGGUUUUGGGAAACAAAAUUGAUGUGGAUAGUGGAAACAAUAGAGUGGUAUCCGAGAAAAAGGCUCGAGCAUGGUGUGCCUCAAAAGGAAAUAUUCCGUAUUUUGAGACCUCUGCGAAAGAGGGAGUUAAUGUGGAAGAAGCUUUCCAGUGCAUAGCAAAGAAUGCCUUAAAAAGUGGGGAAGAGGAAGAAAUAUACUUACCUGACACCAUUGACGUUGCAAGCAGCAGCCGACCAAGGUCAACUGGAUGCGAAUGUUGAAAAAUAUUGUGGUUUUUUCUGGUUACAAUAAAUAUCUUUACAAGUGUUACAAAUGAUUUGGCCUUUCCAACCAUUUUUAUGAAUUCAUAUGGGACUACGGUUCAGUGUACCUUAGUGUUUGUUUGGGAAACAAAGUGGUCUGUUAAUGCUCUAGUUGGAUUUAGUUGUCUGGUGCCUUUGUAAUGUUCAAGGGCCUCAUUUGUUUUAACAUGCAUGUUUUCUGCUAAGCACUACUAAGUAUUGUUUGUAACUAGAUUUUUUUUUUUUUAAAUUUCUAAUCUACCUCGACUCUUUAUCUUU